UUUUGCUCAAUUCUUUAUCUUGUCUGCCUCAUGAGAUUCCAACCAGCGUCACAAACUUAUUUUUCUUUUUGUGUUCCUAUACUUCGUUUCUUUUGCCUUUUCAUUCUCGGGCACCCAAUUCUUUGCUGGAAUACAUCCCUUAGCGAGCCUGUCUCUUUUCGUUAUCUUCUCUACCCAUGUUAACUUCGAAAUCCGCUUCUGUGACCCUUGUUGACUCGACCCCUGAAGAUACGGCAACGGCUGAGUGACGACUCCCGCACGCAAAGAUGGUCCAGUUGACAACGCUCCACAAGGACCUCGUCAAAGUCACUCAGGCAACCCGCAUUGUGAUGCGCUGCCUCAGUACCGGUCGAGACUCGCAAGAAACUUCGCAGAAAGCCUUGACUUUACUCACCGACGUACUCGAAAUCUUGUAUCGUAUCAAGGAUCAGACGCUUUUGGGUGAGGAAAAAUGGCACGUGGACUCGAUGCGCCUUGAGGGGUUGGGAGAGAUUCUUGGAUGGCUUCAAACAACAAUGCAGACCAUCGAGCAUUACUUCCAACCGGGGGGUGUGAAUGUGGCUUACUUCCGGAAGCACCUCCUGGAGAGGACUUUCUUGCCCCAAUUAGAACAAUACAAGAUUCUACUGCUGCUAGCAAUGCAGCCCGACUCAGAUGAUCGGUCAUCGCUCGAUCAAGAAAUCAGGUACAUCUUGAAGCUGUCGCAGGACUUGGAUUGUGGGCCUAAGGUCGACCUCAAGUUCGAAGAGAAUGCGCUCGGUCUUACAAACGACUUCAAAACUCCUGUCGCUGGAUAUUCGACAAUGGCGAAUACAGAAGAUGGCUACUGGGAUCCUUCAAAACGCUUUACUGUGUUGGACCGCCUGGUGCGGGCAAGACAUUUCUCUCAUCCACCAUCAUAGAUUCUUUGCAGAAGACGUUCACCUCAACGGACGUUGCUACCGUGUUCAUAUAUUGCCAAGAAGAGAAGGCAAAGGAGCAGACCUCGCUUGAGAUUUUGCGCAACAUUCUGGCACAGCUCGUAUAUCGCAAAAGAAGCC